AUGUCAAGGCAACGAGGAGAUCAGUCACGGACCAGAAUGGCGACACCAUCGGCCUUUGUUAAUGCGGUACACGCAGCGGCGCCUUCAGAUGCAGCAAUGAAUUAUCAAUCUUCUAUUAUUGCUGCGGGUUCAACAUUAGCCCAACAUAAGGCCGAAGUCCAAGCCUCAAACCCAACAGCAUGGUGUCAUUCAACACCAGCCCAAUCCAUUAGCGUGGCAGCCCAAUCUGAUUUUACAGCAGCUCAAUCCACUAGUGUGGCAGCCCAACUGCCAA